AAAACUCUGAUUAAGGUCUCCAGCUGAUCGUUGCUUCUGUUUGUUCCUAUUUUAAUUGUAUUCUCAUCUAUUGCUGUAAAUUUGACAUAUGUAUAAUUAUCCAUUAAAUAUUUAUUUUAAUUAAUACGAAUAAACCGGAUAAACAUCCGUAAAUCCAGAUAAAAUAGCUUGUUGAAUAGUUAUGAAUGUGUCGUUAUCAACCCCCGUCACACACUUGAGCAAAAACAAGUGAUUACUAAAAUAAAACGUUCUCGACAACCAGGGGGCAAUGUUGGAACGUUUUUAACAUAGACUCAGUUCUUAUGUUUAGGGUGUAUAUCAAAACUUUUUUUUGUUUUGUUUUAGAACCGGCAUUCUUAAAGUGACCCUGAGCAUUAAUAUAUUUCUUUUAGUUCUGUUGGCGGAAAUAAAGACUAGGGCUGCUCAUGCUGCCUGUGCAUGAGCCGCUGCUUGGAGCGAGGAGGGUGCUUCCCGUCGGGGGCUGACGUCGGGGGUGGGUCUGUACCGCCGAUUUGCAGAAUGAAGCCAGAGGCGCCACGCGACGCUCUGCAGUUCAGCGGCAGUCCGGAGUCCGGGAGGCGCGUGGAGCGCGUGCGUUUGCUCUCUAGCUUCUCAUAUCACCCUGAGCCGUCAGUGGGACCAGCAGUCAUGUGUGAUGCGACUUCGCGCCUCUGAAGCGGAGGAGAGCGGCUUUCUCCCCAUUUGCCUGUGGCGCCGGGGCAGGCGACGGAUCCGUUUCCAGAGCGAGACGCGCGGAGAUCGCUCCUUCUACUGCAGCAAGGAGCAUCAGGUGGAAGACUGGAAAAAGCACCGGUUCAGCUGUAAGGAGGCCGAAAUAAUUCGGGCUUCGCCGAUGCCCAGAUCGCGGCAGGAGAGCACGGAUGAGAAAGCGGUACCGCAGAUGCCACAGAAGCCCUCAACGCGGCUUGACAGCCCGGCUGCCCCCAGCGCUCAAGGCGGCGAGAAAACCGGCGAGUGUAUCACAUGUGCGGGGUCUGACAGGACCAAUAACAACAAUGCUGCUAAAGCUAACGGGCGGAUGAAAUCCCAUCCGAGGAAAGUGGCUACGGAAUAUAUAAUCCCAUGCAUGAACAAGCACGGCAUGUGCGUGGUGGACAACUUUUUAGGAGAAGAGAUCGGGAUGUCCAUUUUGCAGGACGUGGUGGCCCUCCACGAGACUGGCAGAUUCACCGACGGGCAGCUGGUCAGCCAGAGGAGUGACUCUUCCAAAGACAUUCGCGGAGACAAAAUAACGUGGAUCGAAGGAAAGGAGCCCGGCUGCGAGCGCAUAAGUUUCCUGAUGAGUCGCAUGGACGAUUUGGUCAGGCACUGUAAUGGCAAACUGGGAAACUACAAAAUAAACGGUAGGACAAAAGUAAGUUGCACAACCAGCAGGUAAACUUUGUUUUGUGACUGUGACUUGAACCGUUUCCGGCAUCUAGUUGCUUUAAAGCGCGUGCCUAAAACGCAUAAAGUCUUUAGCUAUAUCGGCGCCUGUAAGAUAAAAGCUGGCCAGUGACCGUGUAUAUAAAGUCUGAGUUGCUUUUUCUCACUGCUCAGGAAGCGUGAAAUUCCUCGCCGUGGAUCAGUUUCUGGAUUUUAAAAAGCGUUAAGUUGCAGGAAUAUGAAAUAUUUCUUUGAAUCUGGAUGUGUUUUAUUCCCACUGCAACUGACAGGAAGCCGCGUGAGCGCUGUAUUCUCCCGUAAUGUUUGCAUGUCACCACAGAUUGUUUAUUAUGUCUGAAAAUGUAUUAUUUAAGCAGUAUUUAUUUACAAAACGUCAAUGCUGGGGGGAAUCGGAAAUCUGUUUGCUUUUAUGUUUCUACACAAAUUCUAAUGCAUUUAUCCCACAAUACCAGACGGCAUUUUUGGGGGAGUAUACAUUUUACAUAUCUGUAUAACGUGCAGCAUUCACUGCAAUGUGGAAUUAAAAGUAACACCUUAAUUAAUUUGAGCACUGCCCUAUAUUUGCUCAUGGACAACAACAACUGAACGUUGUUUGCGUUUUAUUCGCGCCUUUUGUGCGCAGUUUAUGGGGGAGCAUAAAUUCUGUAAUGGAAAAAUGAUCCCCUUUUCUUCUUUAAAAUGAUUUUUUUUGCCUGCUGAAUUAACUACUAUACACGUGCUUCUAUACAAAACAAUGGCGUAAGUAAACAGGGGUCAACCAUUCAGACGGACGUUUCGAUCAAAAUGCAUUUUGUACUGCGGACGUGGUAUUUAAAAGCGUAGCUUUUACCACCGACACGUCUGUCUGUAUAUGGACAGGUCGACGGUCCCUGCAAUUAAAUAUUCGUGAAAGCUGGUUUUUGGUGUGUAGCUUUGUGAAGUUUGUCUGUAUCGCUGGAAAUAACGCUAACACUUUGACACAUUUUAUUAUUAUUGUGCCCUUUUCACUUUGCAUUUGCGGCUGUUUCCCUGCAGCUCUAGCCGCAGGAUCCGCAGUGCUACCGUGUGACUUGAGUAUGGUUCACCUGUCACCCCUGUGCUUGGCGCUAUAGUUACCUGCCCAGUCUGUCACCGUGUCAUCGUGGUGUCAUGAAAAGGGAGACGCAUUAAUUUUCAGAGCUCCUACCCCCGGUUUUUUUUUCUUCUGAAAUUUAGGCUUAGGGUGCUUACUUGUCCACCUGGGGUUAGUUCCGACCCCGAGCGAUUUGUCGGUUGACAUUAGAUUGCAGUGUUUAUUGACUGCAUGGCCUCCGCGUGUUCCGCUACUGCAGGGGUGGGCACAUACUGGGGGGGGGGGGGUUACAUACUGGAAAUUGGGACGGCUGUGCCACGUCCUUCACAGAUAGGGCCCAGCGCUGAUAGCCCGAUAAGGGGGUGCACCAUGACUUGCACUAAUGGAAGAACCCGGCCCACACGGCGGGUGCUCAGCGCCAGCAGCGACUCUCAGGCAGGUCGCUCUUUCUCGCCCCGUCUCUUUAUCCAGACGUCCAUUCAUCCAUCAUAGAUGACCAAAGAGCAGCAAGGUGGGGGGAGCAUUUACACCCAGACGCAGAACAAGAAAACCCACCAGUUUCUGUCCUUUCAAACAUGUCACAGGGUUAACAGGGUGACCUUUCUCUCUGGUUACUGGUGAGGCGCACUGGUCUCCUAUAGUGUCUUGUGGCCUAAAGCCCUGUGAUGGUGUAGUACCUGCAGUGUGACCAGUGGCUGAUGGGCGGUUCAAAGUCCUGUGAUGCUGUAGUACCUCUGCAGUGUGACCAGCGGCUGAUGGGCGGUUCAAAGCCCUGUGAUGCUGUAGUACCUCUGCAGUGUGACCAGUGGCUGAUGGGCGGUUCAAAGCCCUGUGAUGGAGUAGUACCUCUGCAGUGUGACCAGUGGCUGAUGGGCGGUUCAAAGCCCUGUGAUGCUGUAGUACCUCUGCAGUGUGACCAGCGGCUGAUGGGCGGUUCAAAGCCCUGUGAUGCUGUAGUACCUCUGCAGUGUGACCAGCGGCUGAUGGGCGGUUCAAAGCCCUGUGAUGCUGUAGUACCUCUGCAGUGUGACCAGCGGCUGAUGGGCGGUUCAAAGCCCUGUGAUGCUGUAGUACCUCUGCAGUGUGACCAGUGGCUGAUGGGCGGUUCAAAGCCCUGUGAUGCUGUAGUACCUCUGCAGUGUGACCAGCGGCUGAUGGGCGGUUCAAAGCCCUGUGAUGCUGUAGUACCUCUGCAGUGUGACCAGCGGCUGAUGGGCGGUUCAAAGAGGGGUUUCCUACUCUCCUGUCUGUCUGCUCACUCAGUCUGAUAACCGGCUGCCGUCCAGCGAUGAGGCUAAAUAAGCGAAACUCGCCAGACGCUCUGGGUUGUGGCCUGUGUCUCUCACCUCACAUGAUAAUCAUUAAUCCCUAAAAUUAACUGCAGGCUGAAGCCUUGGGUUUAAAUCCCCCCCCCCCCCCCCAGUUAAUGCAUGCUAAGUCCUGACCGGCGUCUUUUGCUUUUCCGUGGUCGUCUAUGUCCCUGGCCAGGGUCCGGGGUAAUCCUUGGGGGAGGGGGUGGUUUGGCAGACGAGGGCAGUUUAAGAGGCAGAGGGGGCUUCGGAGUUUCCGGGGAAGCAAAAACCACCCCCAUAUUGUUCCUGGGAAGAAUGACUGUGAUGAGGGGAAGAAUUGCCACCAUCUUAGACUUCCUUGUCCAUAUCUUCAGCGAGGUUUAGAAGAUGGACCGCUCAUUGUUUUCCCGCUGCCGUGCCUGCGGCAGUAACGCCCCCCCCCAGAUUUCUGUGAAUGACUCUGUAAUGAGUGAUACUCUUAAAAACGCUCAUAGCGUUCUGCCCGUUACGCACGUGACACGUGUGCCUCCGGUCGCCAUUGGGUUUAGGCUGCAUGAAUUUAGUUCUUCAUUUAUCUUUCGAGCGUCAUUUGUCCUGCCUUGUAGUCUAGCUGCGGUUUGAGGUGACGGUGGAGAUUCUCCUCCUUCUGAAAUGUCAGCGGCGUCGAACAUCAAAGCCCCCGCUUAAGUACCCGACUCACUUUGUGGCUGGCCCCCACAGGCCCCCCUUAGACAUUCAUCUGCAUGAGGCUUGCACCUUGCUGUUGGGGGGUGGGGGAGCUGGGGGGAUGAUAUUUACUUUGAAAGCCAGCUGGUCGUAGGUGUUAAUUCCUGCAUGGCUUUCCAGUAGCUUCUGUUCUCCAUGACGCUCUGCACAGUCCUGCGUUUGCGUAGUCAAAGCCAAAACUAUUACACUCUGCUUUAUUUUUUUUUAAAGGUCAUCCUGCACCUCUGUCUAGCAGACCCCUGCAAUUGGCUACUGGUACCAACCAACCACAUGUAUAUCCCAUAUUAUAA